AUGGAUUCACAACGUGGAAGAUCUCCAUCUGGAGGUCACCAACAUAUAAGAAAUCAUUCUCCUUCUCCACAUGCCUUCCAAGAUGGUAUGAACGGAUUAGGCAUUGCUUUGGAUCCUUCGAGUAUCAACAACCACCAACAGUUUCAGAAUAACUUUAAUACCCAAAACACAACACUCCCUACUUAUGUUGAUAACAACGAAUUUUUGAAUCCAACUCCACAAUUUACUCAGAGUGGACUCGGUGAUGCCAAUUUUGCACCAAGCCAAACACAGGACUAUUCUCAAUUUGAACAAGAAGAUCAAUCAUCAUUUGCUCCCCCGCAGCGAAGUUUUACCCAAGAGCUUUUAAGUGCCAAUUUUGACGGAGACUUCUCAUUGUAUCCCAAUAGUGGACAAAACGAGCAAUUUGACCAGUCCUAUUUCAUGAAUGAGCUUGCGCCUCAAUCUGGAAAUCCAUCCAUCAAUCCUGCAGAAUUGAACAUGUCACCCCCAGCGCAUACACCAACACCACCAAGCUUGUUGCAACCUGAUAACCGAUCACCAGCUUCUGCCCACCAAUCUCCUUCUUUUAAUCAAGGUCCCUUUCAACCAUCACCAGGCCAUUCACGAAACGCAUCACUUGGCCCAGAGAGUGCAGCUUUCCCUUUAGUCCGUAAUCCUGGUGACUGGAGUAUGAUGCCCUCGCAAUUCACAGGUCAUCGCAGAACUCCGUCCGAAUACUCUGAUAUCUCUUCCGCCGCCCACUCCCCUAAUCUAGGUCACCACGACAGCUUUGAAGGAAUAGAUCAACAGCACUCACCGAUGCAACACCCUCAAGAUUCAAUCUAUCAGGACGUUCUUGCAAUCGGCACCUUCUCUCUGACCGAUCCAAGUCCUCACGCCGGAAUUAGCCCUGCUCAUAGUCCUGCAAUCUCACCUAGACUCGGACCUCAACAAACACCAAACAUGGAUCAACAAAAUGCAUUCAUGCUAAACGCGAACAAUGGUUUUCCCUCUCAGAACAUUUACAAUCAAGGCCAAGAAUCGUUUCCACAAAUGCAACACAGCAGUUCUCUAGAUAUGGGCCAGGCGCAGCAGAUGGUGCCCCCUGAGAUAAACGUUGAAUUUGCCCCGGCAUCAAGACAGAACAGUUUCGAUCCUCCCAGAUCAGCUCUUGACCAAGACGCAUUAACUCCACCUGACCGAGGUCGUCGUAGGAGAGCCGUCUCCGACCCAUAUAAUAGCCCGCGUCCUCAUAGUCCUUCAAACGCCUCUCCUUUAAUGAGAAGUUCUUUGUCUCCAUUAGGUCAUGAUUCAUCGGCAUCGCGCUCAUUAUCGCCAAACGAUCGAUCUGGGGCAACUUCGCCUGGCCGACGUCGACAGUCUACGUCGUCAUUACCAAAUCGAGAUUAUAUUCUUGGUCUUGCAGAUCCUGAUUACCAAGCAGUAUCAUCCGACAAUGGCAGUGCAAAGCGAGUUCAAAAACACCCGGCAACAUUUCAAUGUACCCUUUGUCCAAAGCGUUUUACAAGAGCCUACAAUCUCCGCUCCCAUUUGCGUACACAUACUGAUGAGCGACCUUUUGUUUGCACGGUUUGUGGCAAAGCUUUUGCACGUCAACAUGACCGAAAGCGUCACGAGGGUCUUCACUCUGGAGAGAAAAAAUUCGUUUGUAAAGGCGAGCUGAAGCAACACGGCCAAUGGGGAUGUGGUCGCCGCUUUGCUAGAGCUGAUGCAUUGGGCCGUCAUUUUAGAUCUGAGGCUGGCAGAAUCUGUAUAAAACCUCUGUUAGAUGAAGAGGCUCUCGAGAGACAAAGAUUGUGGCAAGAGCAAAACAUGCAAAACAUGCAUAUGCAACAGCGACCUAUGGGUCAAGAUGCUAAUGGCUUCGCUGUCGAUUCGAGUGGAAAUUACGGCUUACCUGCUGCACUUCUCGCACAAUACCCUGCGCUUGCCAACUUAAGCUGGCCAGAGAUUCCUCAAGGUGACAACAAUAUCGAUGAUGAUCAUAGCGGUAGAAGCAGUUUCGAUGCCAGCGGCUCUGAGUAUUAUGACGAGGGUGACGAUGGAGGAUACCUUUCUAGUGGCCCCGGUCCACAACAUGGUUACCCUCAACCUCGAAUGACGGACGCAUAUAACACUGGCUACUCAAGCGAUAUGAGUGGUCGAUAG